GUGUGAAGGCCACCGGGGAACCCCAGGACUCAGCCGGCGCUGAGGAGACCGAUUCUGGGCUGGAGCGCAUUGACUGGGGCUGUCGAUAGAGCGGGGAAGCGAGGGCCGCGGCUCAGGGGGCGGCGCGGUGGCCGCCGGGAACCCGGAAGGCCGCUGGAUGGCCGCGGGUCUGCGCUGUGGAGCAGUCCGGAUCUGCGCGCGAAGUAAGCCAGCCCCGGCCGCCCCGAGGAUGGCCACUUACUUGGAAGCCAGGCCUGCAGUGACAGUCGCCGCCGUCGUGGCGCUGCUCUCGGCCGCGUUGGUGCUCUUCGGGCCGCCGCUGAACUCGGUGAUGCAGGGGGCGUUCUCACUGCACAGUGCGCACCCUACAGAGGCAAUGGAAGAUGCCCUCCCACUGGUGAGGGCCAUCGUGCCCACCCUGACUGGUGAGAAGCACAAGGGGCAGGCCGGCCGCAUUGGCAUCGUGGGAGGCUGUCGAGAGUACACAGGGGCCCCGUAUUUUGCAGCAAUCUCGGCUCUCAAAGUGGGGGCAGAUUUGUCACACGUGUUCUGCGCCAUUGAGGCGGCACCGGUGAUCAAGUCCUACAGCCCGGAGCUCAUCGUUCACCCGGUCCUUGACAGCCCCCACUGGGAGCAGGAGGUAAAGGCCUGGCUGCCCCGACUGCAUGCCCUGGUGGUGGGGCCUGGCCUGGGCCGAGACCACUACAUGCUGGAGAAUGUGGAGGGCAUUCUGGAAGCUGCAAAGACCAGGGACAUCCCUGUGGUCAUCGACGCGGACGGACUCUGGCUGGUGACGGAGCGGCCAGCGCUCGUCCUCGGGUACCAGAAGGCCAUCCUCACGCCCAACCACAUGGAGUUCAGCCGACUGCACCAGGCUGUGCUCAGUGGCCCUGUGGACAUUGCUGACACACAUGGAUCUGUCCUGAGGCUCAGCCGGGCCCUAGGGAACGUGACCAUGGUCCUGAAAGGGGAACACGACCUCAUCUCUGACGGCCAGCAGGUGCUCGAGUGCAGCCUUGAAGGCAGCGGCCGCAGGUGCGGGGGACAAGGGGACCUGCUGGCGGGCGCCCUGGGUGUCAUGGCACACUGGGCCUUCCUCGCUGGAGCUGAGAAGACAAAUGGCUCCCGUCCGCUGCUGCUGGCUGCCCUGGGUGCAUGCUCGCUCACGCGUCAGUGCAACCGUCAGGCUUUCCAGAAGCACGGCCGCUCCAUGACCACCAGUGACAUGAUUGCCGAGGUCGGGGCUGCCUUCCGGGAGCUCUUCGAGGCCUGAGCUGGCAGUCCGGCCAUUGGUUUGUGACUGAGGUCCCCAGAGGAGAGGUGGAACAUGCACCCUAGGAGGCUCCUGGGGGAUGAGGUGGGGGCACAGACCACAGGGGGAGGCCCCAUCCUGUCCACGUGCCACGGCAGCCUGUCACGGCUCACGGCAGCCAGCACCGCCUCACAGGAGGCCAUCAGCACAGCAGUGUCAGUCCCUGGGCUGCUGUACAGGGGGACAGUGCUGGUGGAGGUCCCUUACCCUUUGGCCGCUGCCCCAGGACCUGGGAGCCAGGCACUGCACCAGUUCUCCCACAGCUGUGAAGCUCACCAUGAAGCUGCCACUGGGCCUAGGAGCUGUGGCCCGUCCUGCCUAAACUGCCGUGGGCCAGCCUGCACAUAGUUGCUCACCACAUGUGUGACAUGGCCUCCAAGCUGCCCUGUGCCCCAUGUGAGAGGCUCCCAGCCGUCUGGCCACUGUCCCUCUUUAGUGACCAGUAUUGCCAUGCGCUCAUUUAAAGGGCAGCCUGGAGAGCCCCUUCCUCCCCGGGAAAUGAAGUCGGUGGUCACAA